AUGUAUGUGUUCGCUGUGGAGAUUGUUUCCCUUUUAUCUGCUAUCAUUCUGCUUUGUCAGGGUGCUCUUUACAAGCGUAAUAUUCAAGAUCACCGUAAUUUGAUUAUGUACAAGCUGCUGAAACUCUCAAUUUUCGUGUUUUUCUUCUUCCCAAUUGCCCAUGCCUUCCACUUUCUAAUUCCCUUCAUCUUGUUGUAUUUUAUAUCAUUUAUGAAGGAUCCUGAACUUCAUACCGGAAGACCUUCCAGAUGGUUUUACAACCUUCCUAUUUGGAAGAAAAUAGCUGCUGCCAAGAAUUCAUCGAUUGUACGCACAACAAUAUUACCUCCAGGAUCCUAUAUCUUUGCAGCCCAUCCUCAUGGAGUAUUACCUUUUGGAAUCUGCUUGAACAUCGGAACGAAUGCAUCCGAUAUCCAUAUCUUAUUUCCUCGCAUAUUAUUUCGAGGUGUAGCUCUCUUGGCGGAACGGAUUGCCGCGCCUCCACGAUCCAUAGUCUUCUCCAAAAUGGCUGCUCAGCGGUCGUAUUACCAGGAGGUGCAGAUGAAUCAUUACUAA